CAGCCCAAAGGCACAUCCUCCUACCGCCAUCUUCUCUCCGAACCCACCACCAACCAGCUUCUCUGUCCAAUUUAGGCUUCUCAGGAUGGAUGUCACUCGCCUACUCCUGACCACUCUAGUGGGCUUCCUAUGCUUCCUUGCUGUCUACAGCCACCUGGUACCCAAGGAGACGCUCAGAGAUGACAGGAGUCUGAGCAGCAACUCCUCCAUGAAUUGCAAAGAUUUCUCUUCUGUUUCUAUUGUGGCACUGAACAAGAAAUCCAAGAAGAUCAGCAUACAGGAAGCCGAGAAGCAGAAAAGAGCCGAAGCGGAGAAGCGGAAGAGAUCAUCUAAGAAAAAGGCUUCGAUGAAGAAGGUGGCACGGCCCCCGCCACCCACGCCCUGCGUGGCCACCCGAGACAGCUGCAAGCCGCCUGCGCCCGCCUGCUGCGACCCGUGCGCCUCCUGCCAGUGCCGCUUCUUCCGCAGCGUCUGCUCCUGCCGCGUACUCAACCCCAACUGCUGAAUCCGCUUACUCGCUGCGCGCGCAGCUUCCGGGAUGGGUGCCUGGGCGGGG